UUCUGCGAGGUCCCUUCCCCUCCCCCACUACCGCGGGCGGCACUGGCCGUUUACCAACAAGGCUGCCGUCGCCCUUCAGGUGUGGUGCGUGCGCGGCGCUGCUGCGACUUUCACUCUCCGCGUGGCAGUCGUGCGGUGCGGUCGUUCCUGAACAGUGUGUCCGCGUGUGUGAAGUGCCAGUGGCUCGCCUUGCCCUCAGCAGUCGUGUGCGCGGGACCGUGCCGAGAGGAGCGGGCGCGAUGAUUCUGUCCGACGGCAGCGUCGGCUGCCCGCCGGGCGCCGCCUACGACGCGCCGGUGUCUUCUGCGUCGCCCGCCUCCGCUAUGCUCGUCGACAUGGACGCGGCCGCGGUCGGCCGGCGAGAGCCGGAGCUGCACAUAGAGUUCGACGGGACGACGGUGCUGUGCCGUGUGUGCGGCGACAAGGCGUCCGGCUUCCACUAUGGUGUGCACUCCUGCGAAGGCUGCAAGGGCUUCUUCCGGAGGUCCAUCCAGCAGAAGAUUCAGUACCGGCCCUGCACCAAGAACCAGCAGUGCUCCAUCCUCAGGGUCAACCGGAACCGCUGCCAGUACUGCCGGCUCAAGAAGUGCAUCGCCGUGGGCAUGAGCAGAGAUGCGGUGCGGUUCGGGCGCGUGCCGAAGCGCGAGAAGGCGCGCAUCCUGGCCGCGAUGCAGCAGAGCUCCAGCUCGCGGUCGCACGACAAGGCGCUGGCGCACGAGCUGGAGGACCAGUCGGCGCUGCUGGCGCGCGUCGUGCGCGCACACCUCGACACGUGCGACUUCACGCGCGACAAGGUGGCGCCGCUGCUGGCCAGCGCGCGCGCGCGCCCCACCUACACCAGCUGCCCCGCCACUCUGGCGUGCCCGCUGAACCCGAGCCCGCAGCCGCUGACGGGCCAGCAGGAGCUGCUGCAGGACUUCUCGAAGCGCUUCUCGCCGGCCAUCCGCGGCGUGGUGGAGUUCGCGAAGCGCAUCCCGGGCUUCGCGCUGCUGCCGCAGGACGACCAGGUGACGCUGCUGAAGGCGGGCGUGUUCGAGGUGCUGCUGGUGCGGCUCGCGUGCCUCUUCGACGCGCACACCAACAGCAUGAUCUGCCUCGACGGGCAGAUGCUGAAGCGCGAGGCCAUCCACAGCUCGUCCAACGCGCGCUUCCUCAUGGACUCCAUGUUCGACUUCGCGGAGCGCCUGAACGCGCUGCAGCUGACGGACGCCGAGGUGGGGCUGUUCUGCUCGGUGGUGGUGAUCGCGCCCGACCGGCCCGGGCUGCGCAACGGCGAGCUGGUGGAGCGCAUGCAGUGCAAGCUGCGCGGCGCGCUGCAGGCCGUGCUGGCGCAGAACCACGGCGGCGUCGCGGCCGGCUCGCACCUCGCGCAGGAGCUGCUGCGCAAGGUGCCCGACCUGCGCACGCUCAACACGCUGCACUCCGAGAAGCUGCUCGCCUUCAAGAUGACGGAGCAGCAGCAGCAGUGGCAGCAGCAGCAGCAGCAGCAAGAGCAGCAGCACCUGGAGGUGGCGGCGCCCGCGCCCGCCCCCGCGCCCGUCUCCCUGGCGACGCCCCCGCAGUGGGCCGACGAGGCCGUCAAGUCGCCGCUGGGCUCCGUCUCGAGCAGCGAGUCGGUGUGCGGCGCCGAGGCGGCCGACGCCUGCCCGCACCGCCGCUUCGUGCGCAAGCUCGACUCCCCCAGUGACUCGGGCAUCGAGUCCGGCACCGAGAAGGCCGACAACACGCCCACCUCCGUCUGCUCCAGCCCCCGCUCCACGCUCGACGACGACCACCAUACGUCGGGCAGCAGCAUCGUGGAGGACAUGCCGGUGCUGAAGCGCGUGCUGCAGGCGCCGCCGCUGUACGACACAAACUCGCUGAUGGACGAGGCGUACAAGCCGCACAAGAAGUUCCGCGCGCUGCGCACGCAGCCGCCCCCGCAGGCGGCGAGCCAGGCGCAGGCGCAGGCGCAGCCGCUGACGGCGACGCAGCAGAUGCACCCGCAGCUGCACCUGGCGCUCGUGUCGUCGCCCGAGCCGGCGCCCGCGCCCGCGCCCGCGUCGGCGCCGUCGCCCUCGCCCGCCCCCGCGCCGUCGGCGUCGGCGUCGCUGCUGUCGAGCACGCACUCGACGCUGGCGCGCUCGCUGAUGGAGGGCCCGCGCAUGACGGCCGAGCAGCGGCAGCGCACCGACAUCAUCCACAGCUACAUCAUGCGCGCCGACGCGUGGCCGCACCCGCACCCGCCCCCGCACCAGCAGCACAACACGCCCGGCGUCAUCACGUCGGCGGCCGCCUACCAGCUGGCGCCCUCCCCCGCGUCGCCCGCGCCCUCCUCCUCCACGUCGCCGGCGCCGUCGCCGCUGCACCACGCGCUGCAGCAGCCGCACCACCUCCCCCACCACCCCCACCACCCGCACCAACACCACCACCACGCGCCUCCCCCGCAGCAGCCGCAGCCGCCCCCGCAGCACCUGCUGGCGCUGCAGGUGGACGUGGCCGCCGACUCGCAGCAGCCGCUCAACCUGUCCAAGAAGUCGCCGACGCCGCCGCCCCCGCAGCCCACCAAGAUGGUGGUCACGCUGGAGGCCUGACCGCCGGGCGCGCUCCGCCGACUCUCAGUACAAACCGGGCGCGCAGCCUGCCGUAUUACAAACCAAAUAAUUUAUUAUUUAAACAAUACUUAUUAAUUCUAUGUGUUGUUUGUGUGAAAUUUUAUUAUUUGUGUCGAGUCUCUAUAUUGUUACGCUAGGAACAGAAUAUGUUAAAGCGGGCCGGCGCUACCGAGGACAAUGUGGCGCCGGCGUCGUACGUAGCUGUCACAUUUCCCCCUCCAGACCGCCACUCCAGUCUCUCGAGACGCCCACCCGAGUGGUCGGUGCGGCCGCGGGCGCAGCGCAGGAGCCUCCGCGGAGAACACUCCCGCAGUAGACACUCCUCCGCGGGGGAGCCUGCCUCGCCCCGCGACCCGCAACCGUUCGUGUGUCAGUGAAUUUUUUGUGCACCUAUCCUAUUGUAUUGUAUGUGAUAUAUUCCUCCGUAGGGCAGUGCAUUUUUUUAAAAAAAACUAAAGUUGUGUAAAGUGUACAUUUUUUCCCAAUCCAUUUGUAUAGUUAUACUUUUUUCGUCAUUUGACUGUCAUUUUCACUGUAUUAUUAUCAUUAUUGCAUGCGAGGACUAAGGUUUUUUAGCAAUUACCUCACCAGUUGAGGCAUAUGAGACUGAGGGGAGUCCACGGCACCUGAGACAAAAAAAAUUAUAAAAAAAUAAAUGUUACUAAUAUCGUGUAAGUGUAGUAUGUAAAAGGGGCCUGUUUGCACCCCGAGUUUUUUGUACUGUACGUCGUAAACUAUUAUAUACCCCCGUUUUCUGGGGGACGCGUCGUCGGAGGUUGGCCAGUAUGUGAUGCCCACCCGUUUUUUCAAAGUACCCGUACCUUUUUACGAGAUGUCUUAUAGUAAACUUGUGUCCGUUGUACUAACAUUUUUCGAGAAAAAGCACUUGUAUUCGAGAGAAAAGUCAGGUGACCGUGGCUCCCUACAUAUCUUUUUUCUGUGUCCUUUGCUUGCUGUAUGUAAGAAAAAGACUUGGUUGUUCUGAGCAUCCUCCACAUAUAAAGCAGGGAAGAGAUGUUUCUGACGUUUCGAAUAAGGAAAAAAAUUCUGUCGCGUAGUUGUGUGAUCUGGUCCAUUUAUUGCAUUAAAGUAGUUAGCAGAUUUGUUUCAAGUACAGAGGCGACCCGCUAGCCGUUUCGACUCGGUGCCCUGCAUUUAGGCGGACCGCGGACUCGGCUUCGCCCCGGCGUAGCCCAGCCCGCGUGCCGCACUGCUUCACGUGGUGUGCUUGUAUGUACUUUUGUAAGCUUGGGAGUUUGUUGAGGUCGUCAGAAUAAACUUUGUCUGGUGAAAUAUAAAAA